GGCCCCAAGCCUUGUGGGAGCUGUAAUUAUGGCGAACCUGAGGGUAGAGGCUGAACAGGAGCCGCUCUUAGGCCACAGCAUACCCGGAAGCAGAGAAUGGGAUAUUAUAGAAACUGAGGAGCAUUAUAAGAGCCGAUGGAGAUCUAUUAGGAUUCUGUAUCUUACUAUGUUUCUUAGCAGUGUAGGAUUUUCUAUUGUGAUAAUGUCAAUAUGGCCAUAUCUCCAAAAGAUUGAUCAGACUGCCGAUGCAAGUUUUUUGGGCUGGGUUAUUGCUUCUUUCAGCCUUGGCCAAAUGGUAGCUUCACCUAUAUUUGGUUUGUGGUCUAACUAUCGACCAAGAAAAGAACCUCUUACUGUUUCCAUUUUCAUUUCGGUGGCAGCCAACUGCCUGUAUGCAUAUGUACAGGUUCCAGCUUCUCAUAAUAAAUACUACAUGUUGGUUGCUCGUGGAUUGGUGGGAUUUGGAGCAGGAAAUGUAGCUGUUAUUAGAUCAUAUAUUGCUGGUGCUACCUCUCUUCAGGAAAGAACAGGUUCCAUGGCAAACACAAGUGCAUGUCAAGCAUUAGGUUUUAUUCUAGGUCCAGAAACAAUUUUCUUGCCUCUGUUGAGAUGUCUAAUGCAGGUGGAUUACUUCCAAUUCUAUGUUUUUCAGACUUGUUUUGCACUCAUUGGAGAAAAGGGCGUGACAUGGGAUACCAUUAAGCUGCAGAUAAACAUGUACACAGCACCAGUUUUACUUGGCGCCUUCCUGGGAAUUUUAAAUAUUAUUCUGAUUCUUACUGUAUUAAGAGAACAUCGUGUGGAUGACUCAGGACGACAGUGUAAAAAUAUUAAUUUUGAAGAAGCAAGUACAGAUGAAGUUCAGGUCCCCCAAGGAAAUAUUGAUCAAGUUGCUGUUGUGGCCACCAAUGUUCUGUUUUUUGUGAUUCUGUUUAUCUUUGCCCUUUUUGAAACCAUUGUUACUCCAUUAACAAUGGAUAUGUAUGCCUGGACCAGAGAACAAGCUGUGUUAUAUGAUGGCAUAAUACUUGCUGCUCUUGGAGUUGAGGCAGUUAUUAUUUUCAUGGGGAUAAAAUUACUUUCCAAAAAGGUUGGCGAGCGUGCUAUUCUACUGGGAGGACUCAUUGUUGUAUGGGUUGGCUUCUUUAUCUUGUUACCUUGGGGACAUCAGUUUCCCAAAAUACAGUGGGAAGAUUUACAUAAUAAUUCAAUCCCUAAUACCACAUUUGGAGAAAUAAUUAUUACUCUUUGGAAGAUUCCAAGAGAAGAUCACAAUGAAGGACCAACUGGUUGCCCAGUUGAACAAGCCUGGUGCCUCUACACCCCCAUGAUCCAUCUGGCCCAGUUCCUCACAUCAGCUGUGCUAAUUGGAAUAGGCUAUCCAUCCUGCAAUGUUAUGUCAUAUACAUUAUAUUCAAAAAUUCUGGGUCCAAAACCUCAGGGUGUGUACAUGGGCUGGUUAACAGCGUCUGGAAGUGCAGCACGGAUUCUUGGGCCCAUCUUCAUCAGCCAAGUGUACACUGCCUGGGGUCCACGGUGGGCUUUCAGCCUCGUGUGUGGAAUGGUGGUGCUCACCAUCACACUCCUGGGUGUGGUUUACAGAAGACUCCUUGCUUUUUCUGUAAGGCAUGGAAGGAUUCAAGAAGAACCUAGCUAAGACUGUGGUGCAAAGUACUUGCUGUGUGGAACUUUCUCUUUUAAGGCUCUGCUAGACGAUUGCUAAGAGUCAGUUUCCUAAAGUCAGGUUGUAGAUACUGCAUAUGUUGAAUAACAAGAACAUAUAUUGAAUAAAAUAGGGAAUUCUAUGUGUAAUUAUGAAUAGCAAGAUAAUAUAAAAAUUCUGGAUCAGUUUCCUUAUCUCAAAAAAGAAAUAGUCUUCAUAUGACAUUUUUGGGGGGGGGGCAUGAAGUUAUGAGUGACUAGACAGUGGUCUGUAAAUCUGAAGUUAUACUCAAGUCAAACUGCAGAGGCGUCAGUCAUUAUAAUAAGAGAAUAUCUAUGCAGUGAAAUCAUAAGGAGAAUUCUGUAUGAAUUACCUGUAAUAGAAUGAAAUUAUAGAAAUUGUUUACCUAAAUAGAGGUACUUUUAUUCACAGCUCCUUUUUAUUUAUUAAAAAUGCAUUUUCUGUUAUUAUAAAGUUUUCCUUAUGAAAUAAAAUCAUGACUGUUAAAUUUUAUACUUACCAUGCCUGCCACCCUCCCUUAGCUUCUAUAAGUCA